AUGCCUGUGUUUACCGCUAACAUUCCCAGCGUACUUAAAAUUGGCGAUAGAAUCGAAAUAGGAGGCCGUAUCAAGGAAAAUGCAAGAAAAAUGUCAAUAAAUCUUUGUGCACAAGAGGGGGAAGAACCGCGCGAUGUUGUCCUACACUUUGACGUUAGAUUUCAUAGAGACAACAUUAUAUCUUUGUCUCGCAGGAAUGGAGUGUGGAUCGGCAGUGGGAAUCUCGAUACAAAUUAUAACAUGUUUGUUCCUGGUACAAUAUUUCGUAUUAUUUUCGAAGUUAAGGACACGGAUGUAAUCACUAUUUACUGUCAAGGAAAAUUUCAUUCGAAUUUUUUACCAAAAAUUCCACUGAGCAUGGCGAGAUUUCUUGUGGCAUGGGCGGAUGUGGAAAGGAUCACGCACUGCUACUUCCAUAUUGGGGACAAAGGUGUUGGUGACGAAGCUGGUAUCGGACUCAUGGCUUCUCAGUCGCCUCGCCCAGGCCUCACACCUAUUAUAGGUGUAGAAAAGAGAUGUCCAAGAAUACAUAAAAAAUCUUCACCUAGUUCUCCACACCAACAUUCAUCAAAUGAAAGUUCUGACGAUGAAUUAAAAAACAGGCCAAAAGCAGAAGGCCGCGCAGAUAGAUUUUUUUACGAUACCCUCAUGUGUCAAACACCUGAUAUCAAGUUUCCGGAAACCUCAAGAUACAGGCCAAAUCCAGAGUAUAGCAGAAAAUACAGAGAAUCCGACACAGAUAAAAAUGAAACGGAAGCGUCUGAAGAGGUCGCCUCAAAAAACGUGGAUUCCUCCAUCGCUGAAUCGGAAGAUAUGAUGGUUUUUAAAAAAAAAUGCGCAGAGGCAAAUUCGCGCCGUUUGCGCAAGUCGUCAAUUUUAUGGGAAAAGGCGGGAAGAGGAGUUAGCUUUGUGCUAUGGUGGUCAAUUGUUUUUUUGUUUGGUGAUUUUUAG